AUGCCUGGCAUGAAAUGGAGUACCUUUAGCAAUCACAAUAGCAAGAACUUGUCCCAAAGAGUUAAAAGUGGAGUAGAGAUUGACACAACCAACAACAGCACAUUCAGCCAUUUCAUCCUUAUAGGCUUCUCUGACCGGCCCCAGCUGGAGAGGGUUCAAUUUGCCAUCAUCCUGUCUGCCUACCUCCUGACCCUGCUGGGCACCAGCAGCAGCAUCAUGGUGUCCAGGCUGGACCCUCACCUGCACACCCCCAUAUACUACUUUCUCACACACCUGUCCUUCCUGGACCCCAGCUUCACCAGCAGCUCCAUCCCACAGCUGCUCUAUAACCUCAGCGGGCCGGACAAGACCGUCAGCUAUGUGGGCUGUGCUCUGCAGCUGGUCCUGUUCCUUGGCCUGGGGGGUGUGGAGUGCCUGCUGCUGGCUGUCAUGGCCUAUGACCACUUUGUAGUGGUCUGCAAGCCCCUGAACUACAUGGUAUUGAUGUCCAGUCUGCUGACCAUUCCUGAUGCUCAAAAGCCAACAUGUAGUGUUGAGGGAGGCUGGGAAUGA